AUGGCAGAAAUCAAUUUGGCACUCAAGAUUCCGGUUACCGGCCAGCAAUUCGGCCAGGAUGAUAUCGGCAGAAGACAGGACAAGGCGGUCGUCAAAGAAACCUGUGCGCCAGCUGUCAGAACUGCCACGUUAUGCAGUGAGGUCGAAACCAAGUCAGAAAUCACUGUAAUUAACUGUUGA